CUUUACUCCAAAGGUCGUGUUCUCGGAUACAAGCGCUCAAAGACUAAUCAAUCCCCAAAUACAUCUUUAAUCAAAAUUGAAGGUGUAACAACAAAGGCAGAUACACAAUUUUACCUUGGUAAACGUGUUGCUUAUGUAUAUCGGGCUAAACGGGUGAAAAAUGGAAGCAAGAUUCGUGUCAUAUGGGGUCGUGUAUCUAGGCCUCAUGGUAAUGGUGGUGUUGUGAAAGCUAAAUUCAGAAAAAAUUUACCCCCAAAGAUUUUUGGUGCUUCCGUACGCAUUGUAAGUAACUUAAAAAAUAAUUUUCAUGUUUAUUAA